AUGGACCAGCUGCGUCGGUAUAGCUGGGGUAGUGCUGUUCUUGGCUUCCUAUACCAGAAGCUAUGUUCUUCUAGCCGGGAUAACUGUACUGAUUUCUGUGGCUACGCCACAUUGGUACAGGUGUGGAUUUACGAGCGAUUUUCGUCACUAGCGCCUAGGCACAGGGGUCAACCCUUGUUCGAGUACCCGCUGGCGCUGAGGUGGAAGGCGCCACUUAGGCGUUGUCAGGUGCCGCAUGCGCAGAGCCGCAUGACACAAUAUGAGUUGGAUGCGUUGACACCCCGACAGUUUCGAUGGAGGCCAUAUGCUGAUUUACCUGCAGAGCAUCACCCGGAGGCCACUGUGUACUUGCGUUGGACGGCUCCCGCCCCCAUGAUGUACAUGUCCUACGUCGAGUGGUGCUACACGGACAGGGUGACGAGGCAGUUUGGUUUUAUGCAGGGUGUACCAUAUUCCUCUCCCUACCCUAAUCAUCAGCAGCUGCACGACCACUACAACGAGCAGGUUGAUUGGAUGUACGCGAGGGAGCCAUUUGUUGAUCUUUGGGAUACGCGCAUGGAGCGUGCCCUCGCAUCUCCUCCACUUAUGCAUGGCGAGGGUUGCACUGCCUCAUACCUGCCAUGGUUCCACAGGGUCACACGUCGAAUCAUCAUUAACCCCUUACACUGGCCACAGCAGGAGGGUGCCUUCCAGGGAACACAGCUCUCGACACAGGAACUGGAGGAGCAGUUAUCCGCUAUGCAGCGUGCCAUUGACCCUUAUGCUCCUGAUUUGGGUCUGGCAAACCAUAUUUUACAGGAUAUGGUUACUCGUGUACAGCGUCGACCUACGGAACAGGCCCCUGCCAGACCUAGGGCACGGGCUCCUGCAGGGCGUAGGGGACGACCACCAGUCACACCGGUAGUGCCCGAAGAGGGCACUUACUACACCCAUGUGGGUAGCUCACACCUUGCAGGCACCUCACAAUCUGCAGGUCAUGAUGGAGCAGGUACUUUUGAGGCUGGUGGUUGGUCUCCAUUCAUUCAGCCUUCUACAUCUGAGGGGGGUGCAUGGCCCCAAAGGAGCAGAUUAGGGGAUGAUGAGGCACAGGACGAUGAGGGUCCGUCACAGGAUCACUUGUCAGAGUCAUAUGUAUAUCGUCCUGACAUGUCAUUCUUAGAGGAUCACACACCUCCCCCAUUCACCCAGGAGCCGUCCUUUGGGAGCAGUACAUACAGAUUCGGGAGUCCACCUGUCACGUUCACUCCGAUGAUGUCCACCAGCGGCCAGGGUUUUACCACACCUUUACCCGCUUUUGCUGCAUUUGCGGGGGAUAGUAGCCCCUGGGCGUACGCACCUGUGCGUCCACCGAGAGCAGCAGCACAGCCGUCGGAGGUUGAGGAUGAGUCUGACCAUGAGGAGCCAUCCGAGCAUGAGCAGAGACAGCAGCCACCUAGAGCUGCGAAGGGGAAGGGUCGUAGAUGUCACACUGGAAGUCACUUCUUCGGGCAUACGAAGAAGUAGGCUUUUUGGCUUCCCCUCGUAUGUACUUUGUUUAUGUGUAUGCACUUUUAUUAUGCAUUUGAUAAUGCAUUAUGUUUAUCUUUAUGUACUUUUAUUCGGGUAGAACGGUUUAUGUACUUUUAUUAUGUUUAUGUAUUUUGUU